AUGAAUGAUCCAGUUCAGAUCACAUCGAGGCAAGAUGAGGAAGCCUCUAAGAUGGAUAACGGUAGUUUUUUAAAUCAAGCGGUGCGUGGAAUCAAUAACAGACUGGCUCUGCGAUGGAGGCGAAGGAUCGUGCGGAAUACCCUUCCCACUGCGGAAACAGGAAUUACUAUGGGUGAAAACGGUGAAGCAGACGAAGGCGACAACAGAAGUCGCGAGGUUUACUACGAAAAUGCCGAAACGCAUUUGAACUUGACAAACUUGAAUUCAAGGGCCUUUUUGCAACCGGCACGCCCACAAUCUCAACUCAUGUCUAUCCUGGUGGGCGUGUUCGUGGCUGUGGGGGGAUUUCUUUACGGCUACGAUACAGGCCUAAUUAACAAUGUAUCAGAGAUGCAAUACGUGAAGACCCAUUUUGCGAGCAACGGAGAGCAAUUUACAGCCAAGGAGAUGUCAAUUUUGGUAUCCUUUUUAUCUCUAGGUACCUUUUUCGGCGCGCUGGCCGCGCCAUUCAUCUCGGAUUCGUAUGGUAGGAAAACCACGAUUAUCAUUAGCACAUUUUUUGUGUUUAUGGUGGGAAACUCGCUUCAAGUAGCGGCAUCUAACAUGACCCUCCUUGUUCUAGGAAGAGUUUUCUCGGGUAUCGGAGUGGGGUUCAUAUCUGCAGUUGUUCCGCUGUAUCAAAGUGAGGCAGCUCAGAAACAGGUGAGGGGCGCCAUUAUUUGUACGUACCAGUGGGCAAUAACGUGGGGACUUUUGGUGUCCAGUGCCGUGUCACAAGCCACACACAACCGGGAUAAUGCGUCUUCCUAUAGAAUUCCCAUCGGGCUCCAGUAUCUAUGGUCGUGCAUCCUUGGGUUCGGUAUGUUAUUUCUCCCAGAAAGUCCUCGAUACUACGUUCUUAAAGAUAACCUUGACCUGGCAGCGAAAUCUUUGUCCUUCCUGAGAGGCGUUCCCGAAGACGACUCAGGGUUACUUGAGGAGCUAGUUGAAAUCAAGGCAAACUAUGAUUACGAAAUGUCUUUUGGGAAGUUCUCCUAUUUAGACUGCUUCAGAUCAAGUAAAAGCAGAACUAAGCAAGGGCUCAGGAUGCUUACUGGCAUUUCGAUUCAGGCGUUUCAACAAUUUUCUGGCAUCAAUUUCAUCUUUUACUAUGGCGUCAAUUUUUUCAGCAAAACGGGUAUCGGGAGAAGCUAUUUGAUUUCAUUCAUCACUUACGCUGUUAAUGUUGGCUUUAACAUACCUGGGUUGUUCUUGGUGGAAUACUUGGGAAGAAGGAAGGUCUUGUUAUUUGGAGGGAUAUUAAUGACAAUGUCGAACUUUAUCAUAGCAAUCGUUGGAUGUGUUGAAAAAUCUGUGGUUGUCGACAAAGUCUUAAUAGCAUUUGUUUGUCUGUUCAUUGCAUCUUUCUCUGCUACAUGGGGUGGUUGCGUAUGGGCAAUAUCGGCAGAACUCUAUCCUUUAGGUGUACGAUCUAAAUGCACUGCCAUCUGUGCAGCAUCCAACUGGCUUAUCAACUUUAUAUGUGCAUUGAUCACACCUUAUCUGGUAGAUACUGGGAGGCACACGUCAUCACUUGGAACCAAAAUAUUUUUCAUAUGGGGCAGUUUGAACGCAGUUGGCGUUGUAAUGGUGUACCUGAUGGUAUACGAGACGCGGGGUCUGACAUUGGAAGAAAUCGAUCUUCUGUAUCGACUUUCCCCCAACAGUGUUGCUUCGACGGCGUGGAACGAUCAGAUCAGACAUUCUCCAGGCUCAAUCCAAGAAAUUAGAGUAGGUUCUCAACCCAAGGAAAAACCUGCUCAUCCUUCGGGUUCAAACUUUAGCAUUUCCAAUUCCAGUUACGAGGACCCUACGUCAUCAAAGCAAGCCGAAAGCCUUGCUCAUAAUUACGUUGACCUUGGAAAUGGUCUGGGAUUGAAUACUUACAACCGGGGCCCUCCUUCGCUGCUCAUGAACUCUUCUGAAGAGGAAGAAGAGCAAGAAGAGGAAGACGGCAGCGAAGCUGUGAAUGAUCUUGCAAAUGCUUACAAGGCAAAUAAUUUCAAUGGAUACGGUAAUGUACAUCAACACGACCGAGAUCAAGGGUCUCACAGUCGUGAACCCAGCACCGAGGGCGGGUCCUUCAACACGGAAAGUAGUGCUGGCUUCAACGAGUACGUUGUCCGUUGGAUGAAUAGUUACAGCGAACACAGCACAGAUACUGGGGCAGAAUAA